UGUCCACGUCCGAUGAUGAGGAACGUCUUAUGAUGGAUGUGUUCCGUGGUUACAAUUCGCUUAUUCAAGUGAGCUGUUUUUUUCUUCAUAUGGAUAGGAAAUCGAUUUCAACCGCUAUUAAUCGAUAUUCAUUGCAGCCAAUCAAGAACAUCAGUGAUACACCUAUUACUGUAAAAAUUGCCUUGCAACUUGUUCUACUCAUUAAUGUUGUAAGUGCGCUGUUACGUGUUUUUAUUCGAAGCUUUUCUAAGCUACAAUGGGCAAAAUGGCAUGACUUCCAAAUGCGUUGGAAUCCGGUGAAUUACGGUGAAAUCAAAGAGAUACGAGUGUCACCCGACAAAGUCUGGCUUCCCGAUAUCGUUCUUUUCAACAACGCUGAUGGAAACUAUGAAGUUUCAUUUAUGUGUAACGUUGUCAUAAAUUAUCAUGGUGAUAUGCUUUGGGUACCACCGGCACUCUAUAAAAGUUCUUGUAUCAUUGAUGUGGAAUUUUUCCCGUUCGAUGAACAAGUGUGUACAUUAAUGUUCGGUUCGUGGACUUACAACGAGAAUGAGAUCAAACUUGAGUUCGAGCAGGCUGAAUGGGUAGAUUUGUCCGAGUACGCGCCGUCCUCCAUUUGGGAUGUGAUCGACGCGCCGGCGUCGCUGGUGAAUAAAAGGAGUCGCAUCGAGUUUCAAGUCAGGAUACGGCGUAAAACACUGUUCUACACUGUCGUCUUAAUCAUUCCCACUGUUAUGAUGGCAUUUCUGAGUAUGGCCGUCUUCUUUCUGCCAACUGACUCAGGUAAGUACCUUUUGCUUACAUUUGUACUCAACGUCAUAACAAUCUUAGUUACGGUCAUCAUUAUCAACAUCUACUUCCGCAGUCCGAACACAUACCGUAUGCCGACAUGGGUGCGGAAACUUUUUCUCGAGUGGAUGCCUUUUGUAAUGUGUGUGCAGCGACCGAAGUCCACUUCUAGAAAACAGGCUAAUAAGCGAAAAGGAGUCGCCCAAUUACCAGGAUUGGGAGAGUUUACUCUCAAUCCGGCCACUCAUCAUCCAUUCUGUCCAAGCGCCGAUGAUAGGACCGCAUCCACCAAGGCACUCAGGAGCACCAGCGAAAUCACUCAAGAUCCGACCACAUCGAUGUACUACCCUUUGUCUGUAGACGCUCUGCAAGCCAUUGAUGCAAUUGAGUACAUCACCGAGUACCUAAAGCAGGACGAAGAAUACAAAAUGUACCGUGACGACUGGAAGUUCGUGGCCAUGAUUAUUGACCGAUUGCUUUUGUACGUCUUCUUCGGGAUCACCGCUGGUGGAACAUGUGGGAUUCUAUUCAGUGCACCGUACGUAUUUCAAGGUAACCAGCCACUGUCACAAAGUACAACGAAGAUGAUACCGAAAUAUUUGCAAAACUACGGACAGCACACCAUCAGUCACCCGCCAACUUGA